AUGGUCAAAAGAGUUCUAGUUGUCUACGGUGUUGAUGUCGAUGCGGUCAGUGGCUGGAUAAAUACUUGCUCAGGAGAGCUUGCUGGUCCUACAGAUGUUUCUCGGGGUGUUUUCGGGGCUACUGUUGGGAUCGACCGCAUUCUGAAGCUGUUCGACAAGUAUGGAAUCAAAGGAACAUGGUUCGUUCCGGGCCACUCUGUCGAAUCUUUCACGAGUCAGUUGAAGAAAGUUCGUGAUACUGGACAUGAAAUUGGUCUGCAUGGCUAUUCUCAUGAAUUCGUUGCCACCAUGAAUGAGCAGCAACAGCGUGAUAUCAUGACUAAGUCUAUCGAUGUCCUCACAGACUUCCUCGGAAAGCGACCGCGAGGGUGGACCGCUCCUGCAUGGAACACAUCUAGACAAUCCAUCCGAGUGCUGGAAGAUUUUGGUAUCGAGUACGACCACUCUUUUAUGCACCAUGAUUGCCAGCCAUACUAUGUCCCAAACGGUGAAGAAGAAUGGCAAGAAACCAACUCCAAGAAGGAAGCGUCAACCUGGAUGCAGCCUAUGACCAAGAUCAUGCCGAGCAAAGUCGUCGAAAUUCCAGCAAAUUGGCAUCUUGAUGACUGGCCUCCAUUCGUUGUCAGCAAGGCAGCUAACUCUCAUGGCUAUGUUGAUCCAGAUGUCAUUGAGAAGCUGUGGAAGAAACAGUUUGACUACUUCUACCGGGAAUAUGAUACUUUCGUUUUCCCGAUGACAAUUCAUCCGCAGGUGAGCGGAAAGCCCCAGGUGAUUCUUAUGCAUGAGAAUAUUAUCGACCAUAUCAAUUCACAUGAGGGUGUGGAAUGGGUUACGAUGGAAUACAUUGUCGAUGAGUUUAAAGCCGGCAAGAUUCCAGGGGCAACUGUUGAGGGGGGUGCCUAA